AAAGGAGCCUUUUCCCCUUUAUAUAAAGUUGUGAAGUUGGGUUAGUUAGGAAUGAAGUUCAUGGACAUUACAAGAAGCCAAGCCAAGUUUUCCCAGGAGACAAACUGAGCCUUACCAUGUUUUAUUUUCAGCUACCAGUGAGAAGCUUUACAAUUUAAAACUCAUCUCAAAAAGAAUAUACUUUUUGUUUUUCCUUAAUUUUCAGUGAUUAAACAGAUGGAAUUUUCGGACCAUACACGGAUGUUAUUCAAUAGAAUCAACAAAAUGGAUCCCGAAAAUGUUACCAAGAUCAUAGGCUAUCUUUUUUUGCAAGAAUAUGAUGAUCAAGAGAUUUUUCAAUUGGCUACUUGGCCUGAUAUAGUCCUUGAGGAAGUCAUUUAUAAAUCGAAACUCCAAUUGCAACACCUCAAAUCCAUGUCGCCGCUGAUAUCACCUUCGAUGAACCCGGUACCUGUUUCUCCAUCAGUUUCCUCCAAGCUUCUAUGGUCUCCUAGAAGUGUCCAGAUGACAUCUCCAUACUGGAAACCGCAGCUUGUUGCUAAGCAGAGCCUGGAUUUUACGACACCGGGGUACUUGGAUUCGAUGUCUGAUUUGCAGGCUCAAACUCAGUUACUGAGUUUGGAAGAUCCAGUGGAAUUUGUGGAAAAUGGUGGAUUUUCGAUUGCUAAUCGUGAUGUUAAAGUAGGACAUCGAUGUCAAAAUCUGCACAACUUCCCUGUUAAGACUUGUCAUUAUUUCAAUAAAGGAUACUGUAAGCAUGGAAGUAACUGUAGGUACUUUCAUGGUCAAAUUUCGGAUAGCUUCCCUCAAAAGUUCAUCCAUAACUCUACGGAUGCUGUUAGUGGUGAUCAUGAUAUGUCGCUCGAGAACUUAGAGGUCGAGUUAGUCGAGCUUCUGAAAACAAAGAGAGGGGAUCUGGUCUCGAUCACGUCACUUCCUUUGCUGUAUUACGAGAAAUAUGGAAAAGUUCUGCAGGCAGAUGGUUAUCUCACCGAUAGCCAGAGACAUGGCAAAUCAGGUUAUAGUUUGACAAAGCUUCUUGCCCGGUUGAAGAAUGUGAUUCGAGUAAUUGAAAAGCCUCAUGGACAGCAUUUCAUCAUUUUGGCCGAAGAUGCACCCAAGUACACGGAAAAUCGAAACGAUCCAGGUCCGAUCGUAAGCGGAUCACGUCAGAUAUAUCUCACAUUCCCAGCUGAGAGCACAUUUAGUGAAGAUGAUGUCUCCAACUAUUUCAGCAAUUAUGGACAAGUUGAAGAUGUUCGAAUCCCCUGCCAGCAGAAACGGAUGUUCGGUUUCGUAACCUUCGUCAGUGCCGAUGCCGUGAAGAUAAUUUUAGCAAAAGGAGAUCCACAUUAUGUCUGCGGGGCUCGUGUUCUCGUGAAACCUUACAGGGAAAAACCAAAGCUGGUUUUCAGGAAGUACCAGGAAAGAAUCGAGUCUCCAAUGUUCUAUUCUCCACAUUAUAUUGACAUGGAAUCUCAGCUUCACUCGAUUCCAAGAGGAUAUGCAACGUCUAGAUUGUACAAGAAGCAGUUUGUAGAAGACCCAGAGAAGUUCUUUCAGCCUCCAAGGAGGUUGCAUCCUUCAGAGAUGUAUUUGGCACACACACCUCAGGCCAAUCAGUCCUUCUUCACCCACUCCAUGGACGAGUUAAAACUCUCGGAAGAUCAUCUCAGUUUUCUGUUGGAAGCUAUCAACACCGGCACUGCAUCCGACGAAAAAACAAUACAUGUAGAGACUGACAACAACGACCAGGAGAGUGACGGAUUCAACCAGCCGGAUAUUCCUUUCUUCCACAAUACAUAGCGGCACAUCCGCUGUCAUUUAGGCCUCAGCAACAAACAUGAUAGAAGAGUUAGUUAGGUUACAGUCUGCUGAUCUAUACAUAAACAAAGCCCUUUUAGGCUUCUUCCAUUACUUUUCCUUUUUACGUCUCCUGCAAGUAACAUAACAAUCGACGGAACGAUCUCCAUCCCCUCUGUUACUUGCUUUUGUAGCAACGGAACGGGAACAACAAAGAUACGAUACAUAGAAGUAACAUAUAUAAAGAAGGUAUGCUAAAAUCACAGGAAGAAGGCAAGAGAGAGAGGCAUGGAUGUUUAGAAGACAGUGUAAUAUGCGUCUUUUCUUUUAGGUGAACAAAGGAAAUAGAGCAGUGUACAGAGGAGUUUCAAGUGUGCUUGAAAUCACUGUAACACUAGCAAUAGAAUUG